AUGUACAAAGGCAAGAUGUGUACUCUGCAGCUCAAGGGAAUCUCCACCAGAAACACUGCACUCAACAAAGAAUCUCAAUCCCAAGCCCUCGAGCUUCUGUCAAGACGUCUUGUUGCAUUCUUGGCUCAGUGUGAUAUUGGCGUUGCAUCAAUUGAGAUAGCCUCGCAAGCAGCGGGGACGACUUCAAAGAUGCACAGAGCCAUCGCCGUCGUGACAGUCUCAGCUGUCAGUGUUGCAUUCGUUUCAUUGAGUGCCGAGCGCAGGCUGGAAAUUGACAAGUUCGUGAACCUCAAGCAGGACACCCUUUACUUUGGUCCUGUAUCUUGGACAAGUCGGCUGUGGUGGCUGGAGGCAGAUGCGAGGAGGGCAUAG